AUGGGGAGCUGCUGCUGCAGCUGCGAGGAAGAGGAAGGCCCCGAGCCCGACGAGGAGGCUCGGCUGCUGGAACCCCCCGGCGAGCAGCACAGGGCCUCCACAUUCGACUCUCCCAGCUGUCCGGACGAGCAGGCCGUUCUGGCAUCCAUCUUGGCCAGAGCCGCGAGCAGCAUCAUCGCCGUGGGGGCGGCCCAGGUGCAGCGCCUGGCACCUCAGGAAUGUAUGGAUCGAGCCCGCUUGUAUCGCAGCCGGCUGGCCCAGCUCAAUCGGGCCGUUGUGAGCGGAGGAGGAGGCGCCGCGAGCUACAGCGGGCUCGGGCUCGCGGGCGUGAGCAGCUGCAGCAGUGGAAUCUCCGGGGUAGGGGAUCCCCCCGGGCCAGGGCUCCUGAGCUACUGGAAGAGGAAGGGGCCAUGCAAUAUGGCUUUGCCUACUCUUACCAAUCACCCUUAUCGCGUGCUGGCCGGCGCCCUGGUACCCUACGACGACGUGCAGCAGGCCAUCCAUAUCGCGGUGGACGCCCACCGCGCCAUGCAACACGUGCGCGUUCAACCCUCGGAGGAGCUGGUGGUGAAGUUCGAAGUGGUAUGA